AGAGCAGACGAAGCAGCUCGAUCGAGCACACACACACUUGAUCACUACUAAUAUAAACACAUUGCGCAAAGGCCGCCAUGGCUUACCGCGCCUUUGCUACGCUGCUUGCAGUGCUAGCAUUUGUGGGCUUCGCUUCAGUUCCCCGUGGUCUGGCAACUGACCCGACCCAGCUCCAGGACUUCUGCGUUGCUGAUAACAAGAACCCUGUGCUGGUGAACGGGGUGGUGUGCAAGAACCCGAACGUGGUGAAGGCAACCGACUUCUUCUUCAGGAUAGUGCCGAUGGCGCCAAACGGGCAGGGCUCCGCCGUGACGCCGGUGGCGGUGAACGAGAUCCCGGGGCUGAACACGCUGGGCAUCUCGCUGGCGCGCAUCGACUUCGUCCCCGGCGGGCAGAACCCGCCGCACACGCACCCGCGCGGGUCCGAGAUCCUGACGGUCAUCCAGGGCACGCUCCUCGUCGGCUUCGUCACCUCCAACCAGCUGCUCAACAACACGCUCUUCACCAUGCAGCUGAACAUGGGCGACGUCUUCGUGUUCCCGCAGGGGCUCAUCCACUUCCAGCUCAACAACGGCAAGACCCCCGCCGUGGCCAUCGCCGCGCUCAGCAGCCAGAACCCCGGCACCGUCACCAUCGCCAACGCCGUGUUCGGGGCCAAGCCGCCCAUCCUGGACGACAUCCUCGCCAGGGCGUUCAUGCUCGAGAAGGCCACCGUCGACUGGGUCCAGCAGGCGUUCGGCGCGGCACCAGUGGCCGGCGGCGGCGGUGGCCUGCCCGGAGGAGGUGGCUAUCCCGGCAGCGGUGGUGGCCUGCCCGGAGGAGGUGGCUAUCCCGGCAGCGGCUUUCCGGGCUACCCCGGCCGUAGCUGAUCGGUACGGUGGUGGCUCCACGGCGGCGCCGCCUAGCUAGCAUGCUGCACAAGUGCAGCCGCGCGCGCGGAUCAGGCCGUCAUACACAAAGUAUACUUAUAUAUAGUACCUCAAAGUCCUCAAGCAUUAAGCCACGUGAAGUGAAGGCUAUACGUAUUAAGUUCGGUUGUAAUGGUCAGGUGUACCAAACACCCACCAACACCUAGCUAGUGAGCAGGCGCAAUGCGGCGUCUGUGUUGAUCGAGCCGUAGCUCUAGCUCUAGCUCGAUCGGGUUGAAUAAUUUGCGGCAAAACUUAUAGAUAUAUAUGGAAUAAAAUCGAAAAGUUUCAUCGUUU